AAAAUACUUCAGUUCAGUCAUUGUUUAUUUAUAGAUUUCAUUCAGAAGAUAGGGACGCCUUGUGGAAUUUAUUUUUGAAGAGAGAACAGUCAUUGACUAUACCGGGAAUUAAACCUUGCAUACGAUGGAAGAAGGCCUGAAAAAUAUUGAAGAGUUUCUAUCGACAACAGAGUAUAGUGAACAUUUAAGAAAUGGAUUGGAGGAUCAGAACACAAAUAAAGCAGUUCAAAGCAUUGCAGCUGUAAUCAAGAAUAUUCAAAAUCAAAGUAUCCGUGAUGUCGUGGUAGCUAGCUUGAAAAUUGUGUCAAUUAUGGUUACUGCAGCAUUUCCGGGUUACGGAACUCUUGCAGGUGGUAUAUUAUCGGUGUGCUCUGCAAUUUUGUGCACAAUAUGGAAAAACACCAAAAACACUGAUGACGCUAUAACAGAAGAUAUUAAAGAAGAACAGAAAAUUAAAGAACUGAAAUCAAAGGUUAAAGGCUUACUUGCAACUUUUCAUGUUUCGGAAUCUUAUCUGAGUACUUUGGAAUCUAAACUCACGAAAAUCAAACAAAAAGAUAUCGAUUAUAUGAUGGCUUCAAUAGAUCUUUAUCAGGGCUCAGAAAUUCUCGGAAAUUUAAGAAGUACUAUUGAACAAGAUAUAGAUCUUAAAAAUAAUGGAGAGGCAAAAAGAAUAAUUUGUCUGACAAAUUUAUAUGUAAGAAUAGCAGCCAUUCGAUCAUCUAUGUUGUGGCGAAUGUAUUCAAUUUUAACGUCUUCUACUACGACAUGGCUUGGUAUGUGGCGGAGGAACGACCCUGAAGUGUCAAAUACGAGUGAAGCCAUAAGAAGUGUAAUUAGGAGAGAAUAUGACAUGCAUAAAGAAUUUCUUCUGCUCGUCGUUGUACCAGAUGAUAAAACUAUUCAUUUCUUGACUCUAUUUAAUCCAUCGGAAAAUAUUGAAAUUGCAUCAUUUGUUAGAAGUUUCAAUUUAGAAUUCCAACGAUUACGUGAUGAAUUACAAGGAAAAUUUUCAAUUAAAUCGGAAAGAUCGGAAGACUAUGGAAUAAUAAUGUCAAGUAAUAUUGUUGGAUCUGUGUGGGGAUCACGCACACCGACCGAAAAUCAAAAUUUCUUUAGAUUCGAAGCAGUUUCAAUAGAAGAUAAUAUAUUUGCAAUUUUCUCUAUCAAAUGGCCAUCUUGGUAUGUUCACAUGGAAAGUGAUGGACAAUGUAGAGGUUAUUAUGUGUAUUCUAAGGGGAUAGGUCCACGAUCCAAAUGGAAGAUACUUAGAUUAAAGAAUGGUUAUUUCAUUAUGUCACCAAUACAGUGGCCUUGUAGGUAUGCACAUAUAUCAAAUUCUAUGUUUUCCUAUCUUAAAGGAUUCGAAGGGAAACCUAGCAAAAGUGGAAACCUAAUUUUCGAACCUGAAGGGAACUAA